GUCGACGGUGUACUCGGCAGUAUGGCGUCAAAACGAAUUGUGUUAUAUAUUUGACGGGUGAAUAAAAGCGACAAAUCACUAUUUUCAGGGAACGUACAAGAAGUCUCGAUGAUCCUUGUUUUCAUACGUGACUUGACAUAACAAUUGUUUACAUCAGAUUAUCUCAAAAAAUGAACAAACGGCGUAGAACAUCUUCAGUAGCCAGUAGAGGUACGGAAGAUGAUGUUGAUGAUAUACAGCCGGAACCAGCCAAAAGACGGAAGAAAUUAGAUCCGAGUGAUUUGUGCCAACAAUUAUACGAUGUUAUUCGUAACCAAAAGAAAGAAGACGGAACACUUUUGUGCGACGCUUUCAUCAGAGUGCCGAAACGUCGACAGGAACCUGGGUAUUAUGAAGUUGUGUCGAAUCCCAUAGAUUUACUCAAAGUACAGCAAAAAUUGAAGACCGAUGAGUAUCGUAAUAUGGAUGAUUUAGCAGCAGACAUUGAACUAAUGGUCACCAAUGCCAAGGCGUUCUAUAUGCGGACGUCGCCAGAAUAUAAAGACGCGACUGAUUUGUGGGAAUUGUGUGUUAAUACCAAACAUCGUAUUAUGGAUGAAUACGAAGAAAUAGAGCCUAAAGGGAAGAUUAUUUUGAAAGUUGGAAGACUUGCAAGGAAAGUCGCAUCGAAGCAAGAAGAUGCUGAGGACACCUCAGAAAGUUCAACAAAUCCUGAUGAAGAAUCGAUGCAACCCUACGAGGAUUUAUUCAAUGCCAUCAUGACCGCUGUUGAUCCAUCAGACAACAACAGACCAUUGCACAUUAUGUUCCAGUUGAAACCAUCAAAAAAGCUCUAUCCGGAAUAUUAUGAGGUGAUCGAGACACCGGUUGAUCUUAAAACAAUCGCUAGGAAGAUUCAAGAUGGCUCUUACACUUGUUUGGCCGAUAUGGAACGUGAUUUAUUGCUCAUGUGCCGGAACGCGUGUCAAUUUAAUGAGCCUGGUUCGCAAAUAUACAAAGAUGCGAAAAUGCUAAAAAAAAUCAUAGCAUCUUCGUCAAAAAAACAAGAAGCGAGCAAUCUCAAUUCGACAAUGUCUAAACUGAUAACUGCUCCUUCCACGCGAAGCAAAAGAGGCAACCGAAGCAUUGCACAAUCUUUGAUUAAUCAAACUGCUUCACUAGCGGACGAAGAUGAUGAAAGUGACGACGAAGAGGAUGAUCCUGGGGAUAAUGAAGCAGACGAUCCUCAGUGGUUGCUUUUUCAAACAAUACGAACUGUACCUAAUAGUCAAGGAGUAAGAAUAAGCGAAUAUUUUUGGAAAUUGCCAUCGAAGAGAAUGUAUCCGGAUUAUUACAAGAUGAUAAAAAAUCCUAUAUCUCUCUUGCAAAUUCGAACAAAGAUCAAGAAAGGAAAAUAUGGGACUCUGAGCGAAGUUGCCGGCGAUAUGAAUAUAAUGUUUGAAAAUGCCAAAAAAUACAAUGUUCAUACUUCUCGAUUAUACAAGUGUGCGGUAAAGCUGCAAAAAAUAAUGCAAGAAAAGGUUCAAGAGCUCUUGGAGUUUGAUCAGGUAAAAUUGGUUCAUGAUUCCAUCAAUUAUCAGUUUUUCUUAAACUUCUCAAUAUUUAAUGAAUAUUUGUACGUAUUAAAGGACUCCGAUUCUGAUUGCGAAUCCGAGAGUAACUCACAGCAACCGAAAUUCUUGAAACGAGCUUCUCUGAUGCUCACUCGUGGAAAAUAUAAGGACAAUAUACCAUUGAAAAGAAGACUGUACGCUUUAGUCAAAUGCGUGAUGGAAUACGUGUCCGAAGAUGGCCGUCAACCAAUGUUAGCUUUUAUGGAAAAACCGUCUCGAAAAUUGUAUCCGAGCUAUUAUCAAGUAAUUGCUGAACCUAUCGACAUGUUGACCAUCGAAAGUAACAUCAAGGAAGAAAAGUAUCAAAGCGAAAGCGAGUUGAUACAGGAUUUCAAGUUGAUGUUCAACAAUUGUCGUCAGUACAACGAGGAAUGUUCGGUGAUUUACGACGAUGCAAAUACGCUAGAAAGGGUCUUGAUGGACAAAGUAAGGGAGCUAGGACCUUUGCCAGACACGGGAAAACCGAUAAAAUCGACUGGAUCGACACCAACACGUAAUGUCGGGAGGCCGAAAAAAGUGCUACCUCUUCAUCUCCAAAAAUUACGUACGAUGUACGACACAAUAAAAGAUUAUCAUGACUCAAAAGGACGUCAAUUAUCGUUAAUAUUUAUGAAAUUACCGAACAAAAAUGAAUAUCCCGAUUAUUACGAGGUUAUCAAACAACCGAUGAACAUGGAAAAAAUUGCGUCAACUUUGAAGAAUCAGGGCUAUGAAAAUUUGGAGGAAUUAGUCUCGGAUUUCAUUCUAAUGUUCGAUAACGCUUGCAAGUACAACGAACCGGAUUCACAGAUAUACAAGGAUGCAUUAAUUUUGCAACGUUUGGUGUUGCAAACAAAAUUACAACUGAGCGAAGAUGAAGAAAGUGUACCUGACGUUGCUGCUGCUGUGCAAGAAAUUUUAGCUACCAUUUUUACCGCUCUGUACAACCAUCAGGAUGAAGAAGGACGAUGCUAUUCCGACUCAAUGGCAGAACUGCCGGAGCAUGAUAUUAUUGAUGGGAAAAAGGUGAGGGGAUUGUCACUUGACUUAAUAAAACGCCGACUGGAUAGAGGUGUGUACAAAAGACUGGAUCGUUUCCAAGAGGAUGUAUUCUCGUGCCUGGAGAGAGCACGAAAGCUCUCGCGCUCUGAUUCCCAACCUUUUGAAGACAGUGUUGAGCUCCAAGCGUUUUUCCUUCGUACACGAGACGAAGUCACCCGCAGCGGGGAUCUCCUUCAUUCGCCUGCACUUAACUACACCCUGCUAGAUCUUUCAACACAAGUUUCGGAAUUGAAACGUAUUAAACUUCAGCAAGAAUUGUCUUUACCUUCCGAAGAAGAGAGCUGUGAUGGAAACGACACAAAAGAAUCAAAUUCCCUAACAGGUGGUAGUGCUAGUGACAGUGCAGGAUCAAUGAGUUUCAAUCAGGAAGUGUACAGAGCCGGUGAUUUUGCAUACAUCGAGCCAACAGAGCGUGGAAUGGAAUACAGCGUCGUUUUAAUCGAGCGUCUUUGGACAAACGCUGAAGGCCAACAAAUGCUUUACGGCAAUUUGUUCUACCGACCAAGCGAAACGUAUCACGUAGCUUCUCGGAAGUUUCUCGACAAAGAAUUGUUCAAAAGCGAUGCUCACGUCGCACUUCCACUUGCUAAAGUCGCCGGAAGGUGUAGUGUUCUCAGCGUCAAAGACUACUUUAGAAUGGUCCCCGAAGGCUUUCAGGACAAGGACGUCUACGUUUGCGAAUCAAGAUACUCAACGAAAGCGCGAGCUUUUAAAAAAAUUAAAGUUUGGAACUUCGAUCCCGAUCAUCUGCGGCUUACCCCAAGAGAUAAAAUAUUGGAACCCAAACGCGUCAUUUCAGUGUAUAAAGAACGCCUUGAAAAGCACAAGGAAGAAAUUGCCGAACUUGAGGAAGGAGAGAAGUUGGCUGAAAAAGAGAAGCCUAACGUUGUUAUCUUCAAUCCUGACGAUCCCGAAAAUACUUAUUACGAGCAAUACAACACAUGCGCGGGACCGGCAAAAACCGGUGACUUUGUAUACGUCGCGACUGAUGGAGGGAGACAACAAAUAGCGCAAAUUGACUCGAUAUGGUCGACUAAAGAUGGGAAAUGCUAUUUUAAAGGACCUUGGUUACUAACGCCGCCAGAAAUUCCUCACGCACCCACCAAACUGUUUUACAAACAAGAAUUAUUCUUGUCGACUGUUGAUGGGACGCAUCCAAUUGUUGCGAUUGUCGGAAAGUGUGCUGUUCUCGAUCAUGGAGAAUAUAUAUGCAGUCGACCAACCGAAAUUCCUGAGGACGACGUUUUCAUUUGUGAAUCGACAUACGACGAGAGUAAGAACCUCAUGAAAAAGCUAAUUCAAGAUGGUCUUAAAAAAUUCAAUCAUACGUCAGCCGUGAUGGAAGAUGAAAUAUAUUUCUUCCGGCGGCCUAUCAAUCCUGCUAAGGUAUCAAGUGACAUCGCUCAGGCUCGGUCUCCCAUCAAAUCGGUUGUAGUACCCAGCACAGCUCAUUUUGAAAUGGAAACAUCACCAUUACUUCCAAAACUGGAGUCUGAGGUCCUGAGCAUAGGAGUGGGAAUAGGAGUGGGUGUAGGUGAGGACAGCAUGGAUGCUGGAGGUCCACCGUCUGUAGGAUCAACUGAAGCCCAGCCUGUCCUUUCCAAUACUCAAACGCCAGUUUCGACGAAAAAGAAAACAACCGGUAAGAAAUUAGUUACGGGCUAUAUUUUAUAUUCGAGUAAAAUGCGAACGACCAUUACGCAAAACAAUCCUGAAUCCACCUUUGGAGAGAUUAGCAGAAUUGUUGGCAACGAGUGGCGUAAACUACCAGCCGGUGAGAAACAAGUUUGGGAGGAAAGGGCUGUAAAAAUGAACGAAGACGGAGGUCAGACUAAACUAGCUGCAAUUAUUGGAACACCGAUAGAUCAAGUGUUCGAAUGCUGCUGGGACAAUUGUGAUUGGCAGUUCGAAGAUAUGACUGAUUGCAUUGAUCACUGUAUCGCUGAACAAAAUGGCCAUGUGCAAGCAUCCUUCGCAAACGCUUCUCCAGAUGUAGAGUUCCAAUGUGUAUGGCGCGGUUGUGGACGAACGAAAAAAGCUGUACCCCCAUUUCCAAGUGUACAGAGAUUGGCCCGACACGUGAAAGAAGUGCACAUCUUAAAAGGGAACGGUCGUAUUAUACCACCGUCGGAAAGGAGCAAAAAUUACAUGCCAUCGAAAGGUCCAACUAUAUUACCGCCGAUGGAAACCGAAACUAUUGCUACGGCAACGCAGACGACCAAUUUGCCUAUGGUCAAGCAGCCUGAGCCUUUGUUCGUAGCAGUUCCUCCACGACCUAGCCGAGUUUUGCAUUCAGAUGCGUAUUUGAGAUAUAUCGAAGGUUUGAACGUUGAAAAUCGUUACAUUUCUAACUGGGACAAACAAAUGAAUGCGAAUCCUGAGAGUAUACAAAUUUCCGACAUCUCAAAAUUGCCCGCUGAAUGGUUGGGCAACGGGGUUGGAAAUCAUGGAAACGUCGUCAACGCCUUAUGGACGUUGCGAAAUAUGAUGAUGCGCGAUGUGUUAGCGAUAAAUAAAACUUUAUAGUUUAUCCAAUGUUACGAGCUACAAUCGGUAUAUUUUGUAUUACCAUAAUUGACUUAUAAUAGAAGAUUUGGUCAGUGAUAUGCACGAUAUUGAUCAAAGUGACGUUGCUGACACAAAAACAAAGGAGAAAGAAUUUACUUAAUGAAAAACGAACCCUAAUCGCCGUUCGAUUUUUACGGGUAAAACAUAUUCUGCACAUAAGCUUCGGUUGCGAAAAUUAAAACCAAAAUAUCAUCAUCAGUUGAUUUUUUGAAUGUCCGAACUAAAAUCAUCCUGAACGAAUAAAGGAGAAAAUAUGAAUGAGAACCCUGAAAAAGUGUGAUAUUUAAAACUUUUUGUUCUGAAAACCAAGAGAAAAACGAACAUUGAAACUUUUGACACGUUUUAUUAUAUUCCUCGGUGUUAUGAAAUAAUUUUAAAUCAAGUUUUGUAAUAAAGUUAUUGAGCUCACACAAAACUUAAUUGUAUGUAAUUCUGAAAAAGUUUUCCUUCAAACAAAACCCUCCGAAUUUAUCAAAACGAUUUGUUGACUCGGAGCUCACUAUUUUUUAGUGCUUCAAAUCAGGUUUUCUCUUUCAUUUGUGCUAAAAAGAAGACAAGUUUUCUUUAAAAAUCAUUCAAGCAAUUCAAUACGAAUUAGAACUUGAGAUAGUUCUCGUGCGGGUAAACUUUUUACCGAAAAAUACUUGAACGCAAAAAGAAAAUCGAUCACGAAUUUUCGAAGUAAUCCUCUUUUCCCAACUUGAAAUAUUUCUCGUCGAAGCUUAUACUAAAGGGACUAACGCCAAAUGCCAUAUUUUCAAUAUAAAAUCAAUGUGGCUUUACGUUUCAGUUGUAAUACUUAAUUAUAGUUUUGCAAAUAUUUAGAAAGUAUAUUAAAAAAACAGAAUAUUCCUUCUGUUUUGUUUACGAAUUACUUUUUCGAUCUGACAGAGUUUUUAUGUUUAAGAAUCUCGAGUUCAUAAACGAAGCCAAAUUUUUCGUCCAAAAUUGUAUCUUACGUCCGUUGCGAGUUUAGUUUUAUAAACGACACAAGGUAGCAUGAGAAUUACCUUAAUUCCAGCUUACAAUCCUUUUCAGUUAGUCGAACGAGCUCGAAAUAAAAUUGAGUGUGUCCGGACCAAUAUCAUUUUUGUGGCUAAAUCGAAAUUGACGCUUAUUAAACGUAUUUUAACUUGA